ACUUCAACGCCCCCUUAGAAAAAAUGAACAGUAGCAAAAAAAACAACAAAUUGAGAAAAUAGAAAACUUCAAAAUUGUUCGUUGGAAAUUUCGUAAGCUAACUCUACUCGUAGGCAAUGGCUGGGGCGCCGAAGAAAGUUAUAGUUAUAGACUCGAAAAGCGCCUUUACCAAAAUUCUGGAGGAUGCGGGUACCAAGCACAUACUUGUCGAAUUCUUUGCCACCUGGUGUGGUCCCUGUGCCAUGAUCGGACCACGAUUGGAGCAACUGGCCAAUGAAUAUGCAAGUCGCUUGAUUAUCCUCAAGAUCGAUGUGGAUGAGAAUGAGGAACUAGCUGUUCAGUACGAUGUCAGCAGCAUGCCAACAUUUGUGAUCAUCAAGAAUGGUGUGACCCUGUUGCAGUUUGUGGGCAGUAACCCGGAGAAGAUCGUCAGCGUUGUGGAGAAGUAUGUGGGUAAGGUGGAGGAAACCCAGCCACCAAGACCACCGUCCACCAAUGCGGGUUCAACUCCAGCGCCAGCGCCUCCCAGCAAGCAAGCGCCAGCAUAGACCCCAAGUUACCCCAAGUCCUCGCAGUAAAUUCAAUUUCAAUAUAAAAUAUUUGUGUACACUUAAUUAAAAUACUGAAGACUUGUGUGCUUGUGGCAUUGACCUAAACCUUUGCCACGCACUUAAAGUGCCACUCGUUAACGAGA